CAGCAGUGGGCUACCGAACUGUGCCAGACAGGGACCGCAGCAAGUAAACAAACCUAUUCGACACAUUGAUAGCGGAAGCGAAUUUAGGAUACAGUUGUUAUAUUGAUCGGGGGCUUACGUUAGCUGCCGUACACGACACGGCAGUAAACCCUUGAAAAAACUGGAAUAUUAUUACAGUAUUUGUUUUCGCACGGGAAUAGACUGCUGAUAUGCGCAUUAUGCACUGCAUCACUUUCGAUAAUAUGGACGAUUUUACCCUCGACAUAGAGUACCUCAUAUGGGAUUUAGGUUGGCAUCUAUAGCUACAGUAGGACAUUAUUCCGUUGCAUUGGACUGAAAGCAGCUGUCCUUGAGCUCCAGGAUCAUGGGCCCCAUUAUGCAGGAACGCACUGCCUCCACGGCAUUGAAACGCGUUGUUUCCAAAGAGAAGAUACGUACGAAAAAUUCUGAAAAUAACGGACCGAUUACGAGUUCAAAGAAAGCUAACAAGGUGAAGAAGGCAGGAGCUCAGCUCAAGAAUUCCCUUCCAGGUCAGGAUAAGGACACUGUGUCGACAAUCCAGAGGGGCAUUCAUUCAAAGGGAAGCAGAGUCAAAUCUGGCACUACUCGAAACACUAGCAAACUGGCAAGCCCUCAAGAAGGAGGCUUGAAGUCUAAACCACACACACACUCCUCCACACAGAGGCAGGAGAAGCGAGAGGUUCAGCGAACGUCCCCAUGUUGCGGUGAGUUAGAUCAGAAUCAUGGGGUACUGGGCCGAAGUCGGAAAGCUCUCUCUCUGCCCCUCUCCCCUAUACCUGGGCUGCGCCAGGGGCCAAUGCGGCUUCACACACACACUCAAGUCCCCACCCUGGAGUCUCUCAGGCAGUUUGAGCAGAAGGAAGUCGACUCGGACAGCGCCAGUGACCUGUCAGACUCAGAGAGACUACCUGUACUCCCCUCCCCCUGUACCCCCUGCACCCCACCCCAUCUCAACCUCCGUGCUGAAGUGAUCAACUCCAGCGACUUCCCCCCAGCCUUCCCAGGACCACACGGGGCCACGAGCGACAACGAGAGCGUCAGCUACAACUACCCUGACUUCCUGCCUCCUCCCUUCAACACCUGGAGCCUACGCCAGCUGGCUGUGUUCCUCCACACGGAGGGCCGAGGCGCACCUCGCCCCAAACCUGUGGGGCCCCUGGAGAAGUACCUGGAGAGGCUGCUGCAGUUGGAGUGGCUCCAGAUCCAGACUGUGCAGGCGGAGACCUGCCGACCUGCGGGGGGCCGUCCUAGGGCCCUGGGCUUCCCCUCUGCCACCACCACGAACGCACCUCGGCCCCACACGGCGCCACCCAGCCGCCUCAGCUCCCCCAAAGGCCUGCGGCAGUGUCAGCGCGCCUUCCCGUUUGCCCCUCACAACCCCCCCUCGCUGGCAGCACAGCAGCUCGCCCGCCUCCCUGUCUGCCCCCAUUGUCACAUCCGCUACCCUCUGUGCAACGGGAGCUGCUCCUCGUACGCCUACCAGCGCCACUCGCGCCUCAGUCCCCUGCUGGAGCGCCGAGCCAGGCCCGGGGUUCCCCCGAAGAGGAGCAGCAGUGAGAGCCGGGUCACUUCCUCUGAGAGUAGGGCUACAGGCUGCAGUGGAGGAGGACAGACUCCAGGUAGCCCCUCGGCAGGAAGAAGCCACGUCAGACACAUGCAGGCGGUUGGCAACAUCCGCAAACCCGCCCAGGAGCCAGGCACUAACGGUACAGGUCAUGCCGGUGUGAAGAAAGGCCGCGCCAGAGCCAAUUCGGAAGCCGAGGUGAGGAAGGAGUCCAGUACGGCUAAGGCAGGUGUGGAGAAACACACACACUCUGGAAGUAAACGAGAGUCUAACACGAUCAAGAGGGUCGAGAAAGACUGUCAGAGGACAGAAACAGGAAGUCAGGCAUCUAAAAGUGGGGUUAAAAGAACAGUAAAAGAGCCACUCUCUCUCUUCAAGGCACCGUUGUCUGCCAAAGCGAAUGGAAAAGCAAAGAAUGUUCACUUUAUUGCAAAGUAACCACAUUUCCUGGCUCAGUACAGGAGCUUAAAGUUGUGCUUGAUAAAGUUCUAUAUAAUAUACAGUGCCUUCAGAAAGUGUUCAUAUCCUUUUACUUUUUGUCGUGUUACAGCCUGAAUUCA